CUCGAUUCUCGAUUAGUCCAACAUGGCCGCCGGUCGACUCAGAGUGAGGUUACUUUGGAGGUUAUUUCGAUACGCUCAGCAACUGUCAAACGAGACGUGAGACGUGACACGACGUGAUUCGCGAGUGAACUGAACAUUCAACUCGCGAUUCCGUGAUACCGCAGUCAAAAUGGGGAUCUUCUUCGCAAAGAAGAAGCAACCGAGUCGUGUUACCGAGCAGGACAAAGCAAUCCUGCAAGUGAAACAAGUGAGAGAUAAAAUUAAACAGUACCAGAGAAAAAUUGAACAAAGUUUAGAGAAAGAACGAUUACUUGCAAAAGAACUUUUGAAAAAUGGCAAGAAAGACCGUGCAUUGCUUUUGUUGCGCAAAAAGAAAUAUCAGGAACAAGUUUUGUUACGUGCAGACGGCCAGUUAGAGAAUCUUGAGCGUUUGGUUCAUGAUCUGGAAUUUGCUCAAGUUGAAAUGAAAGUUGUUGAUGGCCUAAAAAUUGGUAAUACUGCAUUAAAACAGCUACACGAUUUGCUGUCUAUUGAUGAAAUUGAAAAAAUAAUGGAUGAAACAAGAGAGGGUAUUGAAAAGCAAAGAGAAAUAGAUGAAAUGUUGUCAUUAACAUUCACUGCAGAAGACAAUAUCGAUGAAAACGAAAUCGAAACAGAAUUAGAUGCGUUGUUGGAAACAGAGAUCAACGAGAAGGCUCCUGAAAUACCAAAGAAUGUUAUACUACCAGAUGUGCCAAAGGAUUUGCCAGAGGAGACUGAAAAACGUACAAAAGAAAAAAUUCAGGAAUCUAUUGCAGUAACGGCAUGAAAAUUUCAGGAAUUUUGACUGGUUUUUGCUGAAUUAAGACUUAUAACUAUGUAUAUAUGUACAGUGAAUAAAAUAUAUAAUAAUUUA